UGGCAGACGCUCGGUCGGGCCGCGCCAGGUACGAGGAGCUAGGGUUGUCUUGCCAGGGCAGAAUCCGGAACCGCAGGAGGGGUACUUAACCGGAAGGCCUACCAGGCCUGUGGCCGUGCGUGGGAAGAGCACUGCAGGUAGACAGCAGGGCAUGUGCAUGUGCAAAGAGCUUCAAGCUCGGCGCUUUCCUGCAACCAAGGAAAGCACAGCUUGGAUGGAGGGAGAUUAGGCGGGGAGAUGGCAGAAGUGGACGGGAGUUAUAUCACGUGGUCCUAUAGCUUUGGAAACCCCUGUAAGGAGUUUGUUUUAUAACAUAGUCAGGGGUGCAGCAGUUUGCGAAUUCUGUUUAUUCAUCUAUGAAAAUGGUCAAAAAAAUUUAUUUUGGUGAUGGCCAUACAACUCUGUUAAUAUACUAAAACUACUGAAUUGUACACAUUGCGUGAAUUAUAUGGUAUGCAAGUUAUAUAUCAAUAAAGCUUUUUUCCCCCCCGAGAUGUAGUCUUGCUCUUGUCGCCCAGGCUGGAGUGCAAUGGCACGAUCUUGGCUCACUGCAACCUCUGCUUCCAGGGUUCAAGCGAUUCUCCUGCCUCAGCCUUCCCAGUAGCUGGGAUUACAGUUGCCCGCCACCAUGCCCGGAAAAUUUUUGUAUUUUUAGUAGAGACGGGGUUUCGCCAUGUUGGCCAGGCUGGUCUCGAACUCCUGACCUCGUGAUCCCCCCACCUCAGCCUCCCAAAGUGUUGGGAUUACAGGCGUGAGCCACCGCACCUGGCCAAAGUUGUUAUUUUUUUAAAUAACAGUGCUAAGCGCUGGGAUGCUACAGUGUCCAGAGAUUAGGCAGAUGAGUACAUUUUUUGCUGGGUAUGUACUAUAUGUAGGUACCAAGCUGACAUUCUAGUGAGUGAGACAGACUAUAACCAAAGCAAAUAAAUGGGAUACAUAUUGCAGGUCAUGUGAUAUAUGCAUGGAAAAAAUAAAGCAGAGAAAGUGGGUCUGGAGUGCUAGGGUGGGAGUGGGAUGGCCAUAUCUGAUAGGGUGCAUGGGGAAGACCUCCCAAGGGGCUACUAUUUGAGCAGGACUUGAAGAGGGUGAGGGAGCAAGCAGCACAGAUAGCAGCUGUUGUGAAGGCCCUGAGCUGGGGACAACUUGGUGCGUUCCAGCAACUUCAAGAAGAUCUCAGGAUGAUGGGGCGCAGCCCUGGGUUUGCCAUGCAGCACAUCGUGGGUGUGCCUCACGUACUGGUUCGGAGGGGCCUCCUUGGAAGGGACCUCUUCAUGACCAGGACUCUCUGCAGCCCAGGCCCAAGCCAGCCCGGAGAGAAAAGACCUGAGGAGGUGGCCCUCGGGCUGCACCACCGCCUCCCAGCACUGGGAAGAGCCCUGGGGCACAGCAUUCAGCAACGAGCGACCUCCACAGCCAAGACUUGGUGGGACAGAUAUGAAGAGUUUGUUGGACUCAAUGAGGUUCGAGAGGCCCAGGGAAAGGUGACAGAGGCUGAGAAAGUGUUCAUGGUGGCUCGAGGGCUUGUCCGAGAGGCUCGGGAGGACUUGGAAGUUCACCAGGCCAAGCUGAAGGAGGUGAGGGACCGCUUGGACCGUGUCUCCAGGGAGGACAAUGAGUACUUGGAACUGGCUACUCUCGAGCACAGGAUGCUGCAGGAGGAGAAGAGGCUUCGCACAGCCUAUCUGCGUGCGGAAGACUCUGAGCGCGAGAAGUUCUCCCUCCUCUCUGCAGCGGUGCGGGAAAGUCAUGAGAAGGAGCGCGCAAGGGCUGAGAGGACCAAGAACUGGUCCCUCAUUGGCUCAGUCCUGGGGGCCCUGAUUGGUGUGGCUGGCUCCACCUAUGUGAACCGUGUGCGACUACAGGAGCUGAAGGCUUUACUCCUGGAGGCGCAGAAGGGGCCUGUGAGUCUCCAGGAGGCCAUUCGAGAACAGGCGUCUAGCUACUUCCGCCAGCAGAGGGACCUCCACAAUCUCAUGGUGGACUUGAGGGGCCUGGUACAUGCUGCUGGGCCAGGGCAGGACUCUGGGUCACAGGCAGGUAUUCCCCUGACCAGAGACAGAGAUGUAGAUGUCCUUUCAGCUGCCUUGAAAGAGCAGCUUAGUCAUUCCAGGCAAGUCCAUUCAUGUCUAGAAGGCUUACGAGAGCAGCUUGAUGGCCUAGAAAAGACUUGUAGCCAAAUGGCUGGGGUGGUUCAGCUUGUAAAGGCUGCAGCACACCCAGGCGUGGUGGAACCAGCAGAUGGGGCUAUGCCCAGCUCCUUGCUGGAGCAGGGGAGCAUGAUCUCGGCACUGUCAGACACGGAGCAGAGACUAGAAGCCCAAGUCAACAGGAACACCAUCUGUAGCACCCUGGUCACCUGUGUGACAUUUGUGGCCACACUGCCUGUGCUCUACAUGCUAUUCAAAGCCAGCUAACCCCUGGCCCCUCCUCCAGAGGGUCUGAGGCAAUAGCUGUGAAUGUGGAUUUAAGUAGAGAAUCGUAGCAAUAAAGCGAGACUUUGGGGGCGUGUACAACCGCAAUCUGAAGGAGCAGCAUCUGUGUGGCUUACCAGCAGGCACGCUUCACUUUGUAGACAAGGUUCAUUUACAUUGAUUAUCAAAACUUUGUGCUAAUGUCCAAUUAAAAUAUCCUGAGUUUUAUUAUUUAAAA